AUGCCUCCUCGCUACACACGCCGAUUAGCGCUUCUAGCGGUGGCGAUUUUCGUGGCGGUGGGUAUAUUCAUCGUGGAACAGCGACCCCAGCACUCGCUCGAGCCGCAUGCGUUCCCUUCCUUGUAUAACUUGGUUCAUGAGAUCCAGGAACCUUCCAAGGAAGAAACUUCUGUUUCGCAUCCAGAUAUGGGUGAGCUUGACCCUUGUACGGUGCUUUCGCCUCAGAAGGGCUUCAUCGACUUGCGUGGCUUGUCGGUGGUGUACAACCAUCAUGGCCAAGAGAUCAAGCAUCUACUGUGGUCUGCAAAGGGCUACGACUCUGGGCACAACUAUACCGUGGGAAUUUGCCUGGGCGCCAUCAAGAGGAACCUCCUACCUUCUGCCAACGUUGGUGACGGCCUAAAUGCCUCUGAAGUGGGCGCUUACUAUGUGGACCAGCAGUCUGGCCAGUAUAUUCUGAUGGGCCAGAUAUCGUCUAAACCCGUGUUUAAAGGGAAGAAGCUUACCUUGACAUACGAAAACGGUACUUCUUGUAACGGCAUGACCUUCAAGGACGGCAGUCCGCUUAGAAGGAAAACGAUUCUCACCUUCAGUUGUGAUAGAGAGAUGCUUACUAAAGCUCAUGUUUCUUAUGUUGCUUCUGUUGAUGAGUGUACUUACUUUUUCGAAAUUCGCUCUCAUUUGGCAUGUCCUACGGCUGCAAAAGCCGAUAACCUUGCUGCUAUAUGGAUCUUCAUUCUUAUUUUAUUGGCUGCUUUGCUUGUGUACUUUUCUGGUGGAAUCUUCUACAAGCUCUUGAAACAGCGCCAAUCUCUGCAUUAA